AUGGUAACAAUCCUGAGAUUGCGCCAUAGAGGUCCAGACUGGAGUGGGCUCCACAGUGAGCAAGACUGUUAUCUUAACUCUUAUGAUGUUGCAAUGAGUAUUGACCCUAAGUGGAAGAUGAUUCAACGAGAUAUUGGGAGGAUUGAGAAGUUGGUCUUGCGCAAUGCAUUUGAUGAUGCCGAAAGCCCUUAUCUGCCAAAGCACAUACUGUACAGACAAAAGGAACAAUUCAGUGAUACAGUUGGAUUGAUGGUACAGCUGGAGCGUGCGAAGCAGUCAACCAAGUCUGCCAUUCUGAUGAACCUUGAAUCAAGAAUGGUUGCUUCAGAAGAUAUUGGCAGACAAUGUCCCUUUCAGCCUAGUUAUACAGAAUGCGGGUAUUAUGUUCUUAAGUUCAUGAAAGCGGUUGUUGACGAAGGACUUGAAGUAUUGAAUAACAAUUUUUGGGGGAAGAGACAUCGAGCUUGACAGGGUGCGUGAAAAUGGGCUAUUUAUGUCAUAAAUUUUAUUUAUCAGUGAUAUGAAUUCGACAAGUACUUUUUGAUGAAUUUGGACCGUAUUUUUGAAUUUGACACUAUAGUUCGUGUAAGCCUUUUUAUAUAUGUAUGAUAUUUUAUUUUGUGUUGUUAGAC